UGCAAUGAUCAUGGAUACAACCAUGUUUGAUGCAACAAAUCCUAUGAUGGAAUGGUUGAACGAGGAUGAGGAGCAUGCAAUCUUGGAUGGAGUUGAUGCUGCUAGCGCCGUGUUUGAGAAAAUACGUUUGCUUAACUCAAGUAGGAAAGUUUCUCGUCUUGCAAGGAAGGACAAUGGCAGGAAAAGAAAGAGGGUAGAGGAAGAAGAGGAUGACUACCAUGAUAGUGAGGAUGAUGAUGAAGAAAAUGAGGAGCUGGACUUGGAAAUUGAUGAUGAUGAUGAUAGCGAUGAUGAUGGUGCAAGUCAAUCUGAUGGAGGAGAUUCGUCAAUGCAAGUUGAAAAGGAUUUAGCAAGCCAAGUUGGAAACAACGUUGAGGUAACAAGUGAUGGUAGUUUGGUGAACCGUAGAUCUGAACGGGUUAGGCAACCAAGAAGGUCAAGGAGGUCACCAGCCUUUACAAUUGACAAGUUAAGCGGCAUGGGAGCAAAAGAGCUUUUGGUUUGAUGAAGACUAACGGGUGGAUGAACAGGAAGUCCAAAGUGAAGGUCUCUGUUCGAUUCAAUACUUUUGGUGCAAGACUGAAGAGUUGAAGAACAAGAAGUCUGAAUUAAACUUUCUGUUUGUAUUUUGGGGUCGGCAUAAUUGAACUUCGAAUGCCGUGUUAAAUUCAUCGUGGACUGUAAUUCUGAACCGUUAUGGGUGUUCGUUUCGACUCUUGGUAGAACUAUUAAGUCGCAUGUUACUCUUAGUAUCUGAACUAUCAAGUCACAUGUUAAUCUGGACUA